GUGCAGCGAGCGGCGCUCAGCUCAGUCCGAGAUCGGCGGGCGCCUCGAGCGAACGGAGAAACGAGCGUGCUCGGUCGACUGGCGGCCCCCUCGCCCCCUCCUCCUCGGCCCAUCGUCGGCGAGUGUCUGUGUUUGUUCGCGCGCGCCGCUCUUCGCUACCUACACCACACACGCGCACGCUCGGGCGUGCGAGUCGAUGACUUUGUCACGCCUUGGAUUCCUCGACGACUGACUGACGGCAGCGUCGACGCGACCGCGCGCUCGCCACACGGACCUGCUGCUUCGGUUCGGCCCGGAUCGGCGAACCGGAGACCGUCCAGCCACAGCCGUCAUCAUGGAGGCGCGCCGCUGCCGUCCGGCCGCCGCCGCGCUGCUGCUGCUCUCGCUGUUCGCUCUGACAGCGGCGCAAGACUACCAGAAGAACUCGCUGGAGAUCCUGCCGGCCGGCGAGGUGCAGACCAAGGCGAUAGGCUCCAAGAUUCUGCUGACGUGCAAGCCGAAGGUUGCCGACUCGCGGCUGAUCUCGGAAAUCCAAUGGAUCGACCCCUACAACCGCGUGAUCGACAGCUUGAGACUCUACGUGAUGCCGCUCGACAGCAUGUCGCCCGGCUAUUCCAAGCCGAUGAUGUACACAGAGGUGCACCCGGAUAACAGCAUCUCGCUGUUCUUCAACAAUCUGAAUGAAGAGCAAGCCGGCAAGUACAUCUGCAAGGCCAAGUACGCCAACAACGAGCUGCUCACCAAGCACGUGACUAUCGAAACCAUAGUGGCGCUCACGUGGGUGGACGCCCCGGAAAAUCAGUACCCCAUUCUCGGCAAGGAGUUCAAGAUCAAGUGCGAGGUGCGCGCCAGACCCGCGCCCACCGUCGACUGGAUCUUCCGCGACGAGAACAUCAAGACCAACGAUCAUUACGUGAUAGAGACGCACGCUCUCAAGAUCAAGAGCGUCAAGCUGGACGACGAAGGCGUGUACACCUGUCGCGCUUCCGUCACCGACACCGGCGAGCUCGAGGAGCGUGCCAUUCGCGUCGAGGUGCACGUUCUGCCGAAAAUCGAGGAGUUCCAGGACACGGUGGUGGAGGUGAUCGAGGGCGAAACCGCCAACAUCGUGUGCAAAGGCCAAGGUAAGCCGGCACCCAAGUACACCUGGGUGAAGAGCCUGACCAAGGAGAACUUGGCCACGGCCGACCGCUUCGGCGUGAACGAGGACACGGGCGCGCUGACGAUCAGCAACGUGCUCCGCGAGGACACCGGCGAGUACCAGUGCACGGCCACCAACUUGGCCGGCUCCGACACCAUGAACAUCCAGGUGAACGUGAUCGUCAAGCCCAAGAUCAUGGAGUUCCUCAACCAGACGAUGCCGCAGCUGAACCAGGUGACGAUGGGCUGCCGCGCCUUCGGGCGGCCGCCGCCGAGCAUCACCUUCCGCAAGCACACCUCGGAGAAGCCCUUCCUGAUCGGCGGCCAACCCGGCGACGACCGGAUCAAGCUGGUCAACAAGGUCGACGAUCAGAAGGGCGAGACUCUGGCCGAGCUGACGAUCGACUCGGUGCACAGGGAGGACGACGGCCUGUACGAGUGCAUAGCCAACAACAAGGGCGGCAUGGCUUUCAAGAACGGCCACCUGACCGUGGAGUUCCCACCGUCGUUCGCGUCGAUGAGCAACCGCACGAUCUGGUCGUGGGACGCGCGCCCAGUCAAUUUGACCUGCAUCGCCGAGAGCAUACCCAACGCGACUAUCCGCUGGACCUACUACGGCGAGCGCCACGUGGAGGGCGACCCGUACAUCCAGGUCAUAGGCAACGUCGCGAUCUCCACGCUGCAGAUCAAGCCAAUCGACAGGCGCUACUACACCUCGUACCUCUGCAUCGCCACCAACCCGCACGGCGAGCGCACGCACCGCAUGGAGCUGCGCGAGGCGCCCAAGCCCGCCGACGUGCCGCAGGUCACCAUGACCGAGGCCACCGCCACCACGAUGGCCUUCAGCAUCGUGCCGCCGACCGCCCCCGACGACCUGCCCAUCAGGACGAUCACCGUGCAGUACCGCAAGCAGGAGACGCCCUGGGACUUUGCGCGCAACCGCACCUGGACCGUCGGCUCGCAGACCGGCUACGUGGUCGAGAACCUGGAGCCGCAGACCAACUACGAGUUCCGCUUCGCGGCCUCGAACGACGCGGGCCGCGGCCACUGGGCGAUGAACAAGGUCUUCACCACGACGAUGCGCAACGUGCCGGGUCUGGUGCGCUUCUACCCGCUGCCCGACGAGAGCGGCUACGUCAAGGGCGACCUCGCCAACAGGUACUGGCUCAAGUGGUCCGCGGCGCCGGACAACGGCGAGCGAGUUCUGUCCUACCUCGUGCGCUGGUGCGAGGUCAAGCGGUACAGCGGCAACCAGUUUGUCGUGCAGGACUCCUCGUGCUCGAGCAGCACUGAAACCACCGCCCGCGAUUACUGGAUCGAGCACCUCUCGCCGGACACCUACUACAGAGCCGAGGUCAGGGCUCGCAACAUUCUCGGAGACGGGCCCGUCGCUAACGUCACCUUCAGAACCAACAGAGAGACUGAGGGCUAUGUAGUGGACAAACGGAUGAUUGCAUCUGGCGGAGUCGCCAUCCAGCUCGCCGUGAACGUCUUUGCCGCAACACUUACGAUCCUAUCUCUUGCCGCUUAAAGAAAAGCACCGAGAAUGGCAGAUCAUAUUUAUGUGUAUUUGCGUAUGUGUGCGUGCGAGCGUUCCGUUGUCCGUGUCCCGUGUGUGCGCAAUCGCCAUUGUCACUGCCCAGAAAGGAAGGUCAGCGCGCCUCGAAAAACGUACCCGAAAGAGACAACAAUAGACUAUUCUGAGCGCGCUUCUAACGCAUUUCUCGUUACAACGAUAGCGCCCGUGCGCCGGGCUCUCGGCCGCGGAGAUCGGCGAUCGCGGCCGUCCUCUUCUCCGCGAGCGCGCAGCCCACGAAAAAGCGGGCGAGAUCGCGGCGAAGAGUCGCGCGCUCGAAGGACCGGAGGGGGACACACGCUCGAAGCGCUCUCGGCCGCGUUCCCGCGUCGACAAUGCGCGCGGCGCGCACUCAAUUACCAUUCGUCGAUUACUUUAGCGUGUAAGCUCGGCGUCAAAGAUUUACGGUAUACAUUCCGACGCGAGAAUAAUGUAUUCUCCUUGAAAGACAUCGUCGAGGAGAAAGGAACGCUCAGAGCCGUCGAUGUUUCGAACGGCGUAUUUAUAGUUUUUCGCGCCUGCCCGCUCAUUGUUGACAAGCCCUGCUGCCGGUACGUUCCUUUGAUUCGUCCGUUUCUUUCCCCCAACGCGCGAAACGCUCGAAAGUACAGGAGCUUGAAUUUUGUCUGCGAGCGCGCAUUUUCUACAAUCUGUACCGAUGAGCCUAAUACGCACGAUAUGAGAGUCGCGAUGCCUUGUAUUGCCAAAUUGUUAGUGUUCACGAGUAGUUUUCCAUAAGUCAGAUUAUCGAUCGGAGGCUCCAAUCAUAUUUUUAGAGACUUUUUAAGUAGCGCUCAGAUUAUACCUAAGCAAUCGAUAUAAUUUAUUUGCCUCGUAAACACUGUCAUUUACAAUAAGAUGAAACUAUAAUGAAUACAUCUUCAUCGCUGUUUGUCUUUUCCUUUAGCCAGAUUAUGUAUUUAGUCGCGAAGACGAUGCGGUCCAAAAAUCAAUGUAAACACUUUCACGUACUUGUACACUUAUCUCGAAAAGAAGAAAGAUCGCACUUUACAAAAUCGCGUUCUCAACGCACAACAUUAUCAAUAAAUUUUCUUUUGUGCAUUUAAUUCUUUGUCUAAAAAAAGCCUUUCAUUUUGUUUUUCUUCUUUUUGAUCAAAUCAGUUGACAUAGUUUUCCGCUUGUUCCGAAUUAUUAUUCCGCCGAGGCACGCUGUUUCUUUCAAAGCGCAUCAUCUGUGAAUUUACUUUCAAUUAAUUUAGGGAUGUGUAGUCAACUGCUCUACAUGAUUACGUUGGCAAAUGUCAUUAGCGUUACUGUUACUGUGUACGUCGUCAUCCAUUUGACGAUUUAUCAAUAAGUUAGGUAACAUUAUUAUAAUAAGGGUAAAGUUUCAUCAAUUACCAACUAGUUCUAGUUAGAUUAAUCAUUAUUUGUCCGCUGUGCGUUCGGUUUAAUUGACUGCUAGCGAAGGCAAAUCAAUCGCGUCGAAAUUAGACCGCGAGCGUGGUCUGGCUGCAGUUUAGUCGCAUUCGAUCAGAAAAGGAUCGCGAAGCAACGUCUGGGAAUGCCGAAAAAAGCUCGGGGCGACGAUCAUCGGUCGUAGCAUUCGACUUUUACGCGCGCGACACUCUCGUGCAACGCGAUGCAUGCCGUGCAUUUUUAUCAUUUGCAUUUCGUUUGGCUCUGUUGCCCCGCCCCCUCCUCUAUCUCGCUACCGCGCUCUUUUCAUCGGCUCCCUGAAAAGCCCGCCGAUCGACCUUUUAUUCGCGCUCUUUUUCGAUUUCUCAGCUCUGUUCUUGUUCGCGGAACACGUUUGCAACGCAUCUCAAAGAGAACACAAUCGAAUCCAAGGUGCGACGGUGGCGUUAAUCGGCGGCUGCUCGAGCGAGCAGCCUCGUCAACGGAAAUAAGCCGAGCGAGCGAGCGAGAGACGGCGGGAAUUCCUCGAUUUCCGCCUCGUCGAGGCGCGAUUCCGACGCGAACAACGACGGGCUCUGGUUUUACGGGGCUCGAGCUCGUUUCCGCAAAUAGAACAGCUACUCGGUGAGCCACAGCCAGCGAAAGGGCUAUACAUUGUGCAUCGGCGAUUGGCGGCGGCGCGCUGCAGCCAUUACCCGAUUUCGGUUACGACUUUCUCAGCCGAGUCUUCGCUGACUCGCUUGUUUGACUCGAAGAAAGAAAGAGGGAGGCUUAGGCGGCUUGGAUCAGCUGCGGACAACUGCUCGAAUGCCGAUUAUUAUGAUAGUCGUGCCGACGAGCUUGAGGCGCUGGAAGGAGCUACGCGACGGCGAGUGGCGUUGGUAGAAAGAAAGGCCGCGCAAAAGCGACAAACCGACAUACGCGCACACGGCCACCCUCCUAAUUGUAUGUCUCGAGCGUGUAGACCGCGUAGAGCUAGCGGCCGUGCGCUUGUGUGAGAGAGCGUACACGUAUAAUUAAAGCUAUAUACAUAUAAGUAAGCGCCUGUGCGUCGCCGACUCUAGCCGCAGCAACGUACACGUCUAUGCAUUAGAUUAUACUAUAGUUUUAUUUCGAAGCAUUUAUUAUCAUUAUAUUGUAAAUAACACACGAAAACAACAGCAAAUGAGAAAUAUACGAGAUACGUAUGUAUCUCAAACGAACAUCAGUACAGCACUUGCGAGGUCCCGGCGAUCAAGUCAAUUUCAAACGCUUCGUGUUGCUUUUUGGUUUUUCUUUUUAUUUUUACAUUCCACUUUGUUUACUCGGUCCCUCAAAUGAUUAUGGGCCUUUCUCACACGACGAGCAAUAACAUUUUUAAAAAGUAAAAAUGAGCAAUCUGUUUUGUCACACACGAGCGACACGAGAAUUUGCAUUGGCUUUUUCGGCGAGUCCGCAAAUCAAUGAUUUCAUUUCUCACGCACACUCUCAACUACCAAGUGAGCAAGUACAGUAAAGAGUAGCCGAAAAAUCCACCAAUGCAAAUCCUGUCGCGCGCAGGGGUCUCGACUAUGAGGAGACACUCUCUGUCUGUGCAAAUUCGAACAAUGGUAAUUAUGAACAUUGACAAAUCAGCAUUUCUAAAAGAACGAUUAACCUAACAUCAACAACGACAAUCGCUCACUCUCUUGUCUAACAAAAAGGUUCUGUCUCUCACGGGCGGCAAGCACAUUAUUGUACAUCUCUUUAGCAAAAGUAGUGGCUGUCUAUAUAUAUCUCUCUGUCUGUCUGUCUGUCUCUCUCUCUCUCUCUCUCUCUCUCUCUCUCUCUCUCUCUGUCUCUCUGGUGCCUGAGCUGCAGUGUAAUUACGUAGAGUAGCCGAGUAGUAGAUAGACUAACACGCGGCCCCCUUUCCCUUCCCUUUUUUACACUUUCACGCUAUUUACCUGCAACGGCGUCUUUUUCGCGCGUCUUCCAUCCCAUGUACACGCGAAAAGAGGCAAAGUCCCUCUCAUCCCUUGUCCGUCGUCGUUUUAUCGCCAGCUGCAUCUUCCUUUCCCAAUGGCCUCGCGCGCAAUUGCCAAGCUGCUGCUUUUCAAGCUUCCGCCGCAGCAGAACUAUCAACGCUUCAGCAUCCCUCCUCUCGCAUCUCAUUCAUUUGCCAGCUCGCUCAUUCAUUCGGCCGCUCAUUCGUUCAUUAGUGUGCGCUACUUCGCUGAGAUUAGCACGUUUAAAUUGAACCAAAAUCAGCCUUUUACCUUUCCCUCCUGUUUUUCUCGCUAUGCCGUCUUUUCCGGAUUUCGGACGCGGAACACUCGAACAAUACACCGACACUGUCACUUGCCAUACACCAACUUCAAUUUGGACGUGCUCACCUAAGAAGCUAUACUUGUGUAUUGAUACACGUGUUUGCGACAUAGGCUUGCCAUUCUUGUGUGUAUACUGUCCGCGCAGGUAGAUAAAAAAGCAAAGCCAAGAAAAGAACGAGAAAACGAAACUCGAUAAGAAACAAAAGCAAUGUAGUAAAAGAACGAGCGAUUGGCUAUUAACGCACAUUGCGAUAUGUAUUUUGUCCUCUUUCUUUUUAUUUUCUGCUCUUUUUAAUUUUCUCACUCUCUGUCUCUUUACGAUUACCAUUAUAACAUUAUAAAUACCAUUAUCUGUGUAAAAUAUGUAAGAGUGCAUUGACGCGCGGCUCUCACGCGGCACGUGUUUGGUGAUGUACGCUCUGCUUAUUGUUUCUUUCGUAACGAUCGAACGUCAAGAGCGCCAGUAUGUUUUCAAAUCAUCGGAUACGCCGUGGUGCGCGCGCUCGACAGGUGGUACUCCUCUUGGUCUUUUGAUUCUAAAGUUUUUUCAUGCGGGGCCCAUAUACGCGUUAGUAUCCGCUGCGCCAUUCAUUGCGUUGAGUCUUUCUCUUUCCUUUCUCUCUCUCUCUCUCUCUCUCUCUCUCUCUCUCUCUCUCUCUCUCUCUCUCUCUCUCUCUCUCUCUCUCUUUCUUUCUUUCUCUCGCUCUAUCUCUUCAUUGAGGCAAGCGAGAAAAUUCUGCGAUUAUUCGAUCGAUUGCUUCCCAAGAGCGAAUGCUUUUUGCGCGCGGAUAUCUCAUUGAUGCUUUUAAUUUGUCUGAAAAGAAAGAAACGACCAUUACAGGAUUAACAGGCCUCACUGACAUUUCAUCACCAAGCAUCGGCCGUUGUUUUUUAG